AAAAAGUGGCCUUCUUUGAACGUUGUUUUUCCGUUGCCAUGGUAACCAAUUCGAAACAAGAGCCUUUUAUCCGAAUUAAUUUUGAGGCGUUAACGCUGUUCCACGGUCCUGAGUUUGGAAACAGACCGUAGUUCAUUCCAGAUUCCUAGAAGUUACUUUUGAGGCCUGGUUACUGAGUUACAAGGAGCUCUAACGAAUUUUGUCCAAGUCACUUUUGUUGAUCUAUGCGUAGCAUUUCACAGUUUAUUGAUUCAGUUUAUAAAGGGUUAAAUUAUGCCGAAGCUAGGGAAAAAGCAGUCUGUUUUAAAGCAGGGAAUUUCAAGAAAGCGUAAAGGGUUCAAAGGAGUUCAAAAACAAGCGAAAAGAGCGGCAAGCGCAACGAGCGAACGAAGGGUAAAUAUCACGUUCGUCGGUGAAGAUGACGUGGUAAGCGAAAUGAUUCCACCGCCUGCAAUCCCGGUUUCUGCGCGAAAAAUCGGCGCUUGUGCUAUUGAUACGUCUCUGUGGGAUGAAAGUAUUCCAGAUGAUCUGGAAAUUGCUGAAGGAUAUCGCCUGGUAUCAAUGGAAAGUCUAAGGAAGUUUGUAAACAGAGUACAUACACAUGGACCAUGUGCCUCAGGUAAAGUUGAAGUGUUAGAGAGCACUGUAAACAGAAUGGGAAUAAGCAAUUCACUCUUUGUCAAGUGUGACUGUGGCAUGACAGAGUUCCUUGCUACUGGUGAUCACCCCUCCAAUGAUACCACUCCAAGGACAAUUCAAGGUAAAGAUCUGAACCGACGAAUAGUGUAUGGCACAUUUGAGAUGGGAGUUGGAAAAGAGGGAAUUGCCAAGCUGUGUGAAAUGCUUAAUAUGCCAUUCAGUAUUUCGCUCUCAACUUGGUAUGAGCACGAAGAGGCACUACUCAAGGCCCACAAGGAGAUAUUAGAGGAGCAACUAGCCAAAAACAGGGCUGAGGCAAGAAUGCAGGCUAUACAAGAAGAAUGCAUCACUGAUGCUAAUGAUCAAAUGAUAAUUAGUAUCCCUGUAAGUUUUGAUGGCUCCUGGUCAAAACGAGGUUAUACUGCCAAUCACUGUGUUGGAUUUGUUAUUUCUGCUGCAACCGGCAAAGUGUUGGACCUUGAAGUUAUCUCAAAAACCUGUAGUGUGUGCUCACAAAAGAAGUCAAGUCUGACUGAAGACCAGUUUGAACAGUGGUGCCAGACUCAUCAUUGUGAAGGCUCUUAUAAAGGCUCCAGCUCAAGUAUGGAGAUGGAAUGUGCCAAAAGGAUAUGGGGAAGAAGUGAGCAGGGCUUUAUCAGGUACACAUGGAUGAUUUCUGAUGGGGACUCAAAAGCAUAUAAUUCUAUAUGGAGCAUUUAUGGUGCCUGUGACACUUGUCACCAUUAUGAAAAUCUACAAAACAAUGAUCAAGAGUACAUUACCUGGAAAGCUUCAGAAGAUUUUAAGAAGUGGGAAGAGGAUCACCUGGCUGGAACUGCAGGCUGUGACCGGGUCAUGAAAUUAGACUGCAUUGGACACGUUCAAAAGCGACUUGGAAAAGCACUGUAUGAAUUUCAAAAAUCCUCAGUGAAAUUGAGUGAUGGAAAACCAAUGCAUGGAAGAAAUGGAAGACUGACAAAGGCUGCUAUAGAAAAACUGAAAAAGAAUUAUGGCAAGGCAAUUCGUGAUAAUGUAAAAAGAGAAAUUACAACCACUGAAGAGAGGGACCAAGCUGUGCAAACUAUGAAAACUGAGAUUCUGGCUGGAUUGUUCCACUGCUUGAAGCUACCCAAUAAAGAAAGGCACCAGUUUUGUCCACCAAAUUCAUGGUGUAAAUACAAGAAAGGGCUCCCUUGCCCUAACAAGCCACACCAUCUUGACAAGGUGUUUGAGGAACAUCUUUGCAAGAUUUAUGACAGGCUCACAGAUUCUGCCCUUCUUGCAAGGUGCUUGCCUGGCUAUACCCAGAAUGCCAAUGAGUCCAUCAACUCCCUGGUAUGGAACAAAUGUCCCAAACACAAGUGGCAUGGCAGAAGGAGAGUGCAGCUGGCUGCUUUGUCAGCUGCCUUACAUUUCAGUGGUGGUGCCUCCGCGAAACAUGCUAUCAUGGAGAAGGUUGGGCUCACUGUGAGUGAUACUGCCAAAAUGGAAGCUAGGAGAAGAGAUUCAGAGAGAAUUAAACAAGCAGAGAAGAGAGUGCAAGAUCAGCACAAGAAAUAUAGAGUUGCCAGGAGACAGGCUAAACAGCAUGAUGAAGAUCUAAGGAUUCGUGGCGAGGGUGUAACUUAUGCAGCUGGAGCUUUUGGAGAAAUAGAACCUUGUAAUGGACCCAAAAAGAGGAAAACUACUCAGAAGACCAAAAAAUAACUUUAGGGAUAUUUCUUUUAAAGCAGUUCUACCAACACACUGUGUUUUUAUUGUAAAAGCUAACUUGAACCCAUGUUUCCAUAACAUUUCCUUUUAAAUCACAUUUCCUGCAAAUAUGGGUUUUUCAUGAUUAUUUGGGUGCCCCCUUAAAUUUCUCAGGAUGUAUUUGUGCUAACAGCUCCAAAUUUGCCACAAAUAUUUGAGACAUAACAUACUACAAACCUAUUGAGCAAAAUUCAGUUUGACUGAAAAGUGUUGAAGUUUUGAGGAGUUAAUCUUUUCUUGGAAUGAAUUCGUUGCCAUGGCAACAUUAAUGAUUGAAACCCGAUUUUGCUCAAUAGGUUUGUAGUGCUUUCUAAGUAGAUCCAUGAUGCUUAAAACCAGCCCAAUUGGAUGUAUUUUGAGCUUUGAAUUUGAGGGGGCAGAAGAAUAGUUUAAAAUGAUAGAGUUUUUGUUUUUGUGUAUUAUUUACUAGGAAUAAACAAACCUGGUCAACUUUACUUGUUGGCUGGUAGGUACUGGGUCAUGUACUUGCCUCCUGCCAAUUUUCAGCAGUUUACUAUUAAUGAUUAUGAUUCUGUGACUGUUCUAGUUAUGACCUUCUUUACUGUUGGAUUUCAA